CUCCAUCGCUCGUCUCCUCUCUUCAUCUUUCUCUUCCCUUCCCCUCCCCCGACUCGUCUUCUCCGCCUGUUGUUCGUCUGCACGCCUUCCCACGGCCAAUUCAGCACCAUGUCGAGCAACCCCAACCAGAAGCCCUUGCCCUUCGGCUACCAGUUUGUUGCUGGUGCCGUCGCCGGUGUGUCCGAGAUUCUUGUGAUGUACCCCUUGGACGUCGUCAAGACCCGAGUUCAACUCCAGAAGGGAACCGCGGUCGCUGGUGAAGAAUACUACAAUGGCAUGUUCGACUGCAUGCGCAAGAUUGUCAAGAACGAGGGCUUCUCUCGUCUAUACCGUGGUAUCUCGGCCCCCAUCCUGAUGGAAGCGCCCAAGCGUGCGACCAAGUUCGCUGCCAACGACAGCUGGGGUGCGUUCUACCGUAACCUCUUCGGUGCCAAGGAGCAGACCCAAUCCCUCGCCAUCCUGACCGGUGCGACCGCCGGAGCGACCGAGUCUUUCGUCGUGGUUCCCUUCGAGCUGGUCAAGAUCCGUCUGCAGGACCGCGCCUCUAAAUACAACGGCAUGCUGGACGUGGUGAAGAAGAUCGUCGCCGCAGAGGGACCUCUGGCUCUGUACAACGGUCUGGAGUCCACACUCUGGCGUCACAUUCUCUGGAACUCGGGUUACUUCGGUUGUAUCUUCCAGGUGCGGGCGCAGCUGCCCACCCCCGAGCCCGGCAACAAGAGCCAGCAGACGAGAAACGACCUGAUUGCGGGUUCGAUUGGUGGAACGGCCGGUACGAUCCUCAACACGCCCAUGGAUGUCGUCAAGUCGCGGAUUCAGAACACCUCCAAGGUGGCGGGUCAGACCCCCAAGUAUAACUGGGCCUGGCCGGCCGUGGGCACCGUGAUGAAGGAGGAAGGAUUCGGAGCCCUGUACAAGGGCUUCUUGCCCAAGGUGCUGCGUCUGGGACCGGGAGGUGGUAUCCUCCUGGUCGUGUUCACCGGAGUGAUGGACUUCUUCCGGAACAUGCGCGGAGAGUAAACUCUUCCACUUAUUGUUCUUCCCUUCCCUUCCCUUCCCUUCCCUUCCCUUCCAUUCCCUUCAAUUCUACCAAUAUAUCUAUCUCUUCAUAGAAAUAGAGGCACUCACGGCCCGGACUUGUGGGAGG